UUGUUGUUGUUGUGAAAAACUGAAAGGAUGGAGUCCUCGUAUAAUAUAGCUUUUGAGUUUGGUGAACGUGAUACAUGGGUUAUCAUAAAAUGUAAAGAUAGAAGUGGACUGCUAUUAGAUAUUAUUCAUACCUUGGUUCAUUUCAACCUCAGUAUUCACUCGGCUGUUAUAGAAACUUUACAAGAUGGAACUAUUCAGGAUCGCUUUGGUAUUCGUAGAAAGGAAGAUGGUUCAAAAAUAACUCAUCCAGACGACUUGGAACCUUUGCGAAUGGCUUUAGAACGAGUCAUCGGAGAAAAGCCCAUCCGCAUCUUUUGGAAACAUAAUGUCGAUAUAUUUCAAGUUUUGCAUAUCGUUUGUCCAGAAAGAUCUCAUCUUCUGGGUGACUUGGUAUCGUUCUUGGAGAGUGAGCAACUACUGGUCAAGGCUUGUGAAGUGGUCUCUUCGGAUAGCAGCGAUAUUUGGAUUUGUUUUUGUAACCAAAAUAAUCAGUUGAUAAUUGAUCAUAAUCAUAUCAAGCAUCUUAUAGAUGGAAUAAUGGGCGUCAUAGAAGACCCAUCCAAAGUUGUUGUAUUGAAUAGAAAACACAAAGUUGCACAGUCCUUACAUUCUCAUCAUCAUGAAUAUGGAGGUCGUAUUGUUAUUGAUAAUAGUUCAGGUCCUUUUACUACAGUCGCUGUAAAUACAGAUGACCGUUUUGGGUUAUUAUAUGAUUUGGUUUUGGCACUGAGUCGUGGUGGUUAUUCUAUUAUUUCAGCAAACAUUACUACCAGAGAAGAUAUCGAGAAACCAGAAAGUGUAAAGGCAUACGAUAUAUUUGAAAUAUCUGAUGGGAGUGGAGAAAAGGUAUGCAAUGACUUUGAAGAAUUGAAUCAACUACGUCAGUCUUUGAUGGAUGCUUGUACUCAUCCUGCAUUGAUAGACCGUAGAGAUAACCAUAUCAUAGUGGAAUUAUGUUAUAGUCAGCAAAUGAAAUGUAUACAUGGAAUCACUCAAGGACUAAGAAAUAUGGGUUUAGCUGUACAGCGUGCUAUGAUUCGGUCGGAAAGAAUUGCUUUUAUUCAUGACAAGUUGUACAUACGAAAGGACUCUACUUCAGAGUGGGAUAUGGAAGAAAGAAAAGAUAUUGAAACAAAAAUAACAGAGACUAUUCUCUCCAAACUUUUGGGUAUAUCUAUCUAUGAAGUUGAACAAACUUGUCAAAAUGGAACAAUCGUAGUUUGAUUCUUCUUUAGACACAAGGCUCUCCCGAUAAAGGAAAUAACUUGAUUUGUCUUUAUUUGGAUACAAAACGGGGAUUGUUGGCUCUUGAUUCGUUUCUCAAGUUGCUUAUUAGCGUCAUAUAAAGACAAUACGCAACAA